AUGUUUCCACAGGGACAUUCCAGCUACAUCACACACCUGGACUGGUCACCUGACAAUAACUUCAUCAUGUCCAACUCAGGAGACUAUGAGAUCCUCUACUGGGACGUCCCAAACGGUUGUAAACUGAUCAGAAAUCGGUCCGAGUGUAAAGACAUCGACUGGGCAACCUACACCUGCGUACUGGGCUACCACGUGUUCGGUGUGUGGCCGGAGGGUUCGGACGGGACCGACAUCAACGCUCUGAUUAGAUCUCACAACAGGAAGGUGAUUGCUCUGGCAGACGACUUCUGUAAAGUUCACCUGUUUGCCUACCCGUGCUCCACACCUAAGGUGAGA